GAAUCAUUGUGUCUUCUGUCUUCUAUCAUCCUUACGUCUUCUGUUUUCUGUCUUCCAUCAUCCUUACGUCUUCUAUCAAAUAAGAGACUUAUUAUUAACUAGACUUGAGUGGCAUGUCAAUCCAAGCACAGCGUGUAAGUAGCUCCACUCCAUCAAAAAUGUGGUCCGAUUUUUAUCCCGAAAUAGGAACCUUCUGUCAGGGAAAAUCUCGUAUCCCCAUAAAAGCUUGAAACUUGAGACUUGCCAUUUAGUAGAAAGUUUUCAGACCAAAAAAAAAAAAACCCAUUUAGUCGAAAGUUUAUGAUUGUGGGCUGGCUCAUGGUACUGUAAAAAAAUGCAUCAUCAAAGCAAUUUGAACGUGAAACGUAGUUACCCACAGAUGGAGGAUGCCGCCAAUCAUUUCUCUUCAUCUAUCAACCACUUUCACAGCAGCAUGAUCGAGCCCCAGACGGCCAUGGCCGACGUUUGUCUACAGCCACAACCACAACAGCAACCGCACAUUGCUCUGCCUCCGUUGGUGGAGGAUUUGCUGAACCAAAUUUGUAACGACAGAAAGCAACCCCAGCCAGAGCAAAACGUCAGACUGAUGCUGAGUUUUCUGAGCGAGGAGAAGGCCCUCCAACUCCUCCGUGAAAUCGCCAAAGCGAAAACUAUCAAAACCCUCAGUGGCUUAAUCAUUUGGAGGAUCCGUAAUAAGCCACAAUAUAAAUGUCCCUCUCCUUCUCCCUCUCCUUCAAAGUCCGCCCCUGCUUCUCCCAUUACGCCUCCUGUUCAUAAAGAGCAACCUGGAGACCAUGGAGGGCUGAGGCCACCUUAUUCCUAUUCCUCUGCCUCACCUUCAAAAGUUCUCCAUGUUUAUCCGUAUCAAGGCCCAUCAUCUGCUCCUCCUUCAACUAUUACUCGUGUUCGACGACUUUUUGAGGACCCUCUGCCUCUACCUCAACCUUUUCCUCAAGGUAAGACUUUCACUACUUCCUCAGUAGACCAACCUGGAGACAAUGGUCAUGUUGGCGAUGUGCUGCAGACUUUUGAUUGGGAUUCCGGAAAAACAUACGUCUAUCAUUGUGAAGUCUCUGUGGAUGGGAGCUACAAAUUCAAGGGACCCUGUCUAAACAACACAAAAAGAACUCUCCUGCAGAAAGUUUUGGGAGAUGACAAUGUUUUAAUGGUGAAAUUUUCGGAUGUGGGGACUCAGAAAGUUCCAACUGGCUUUAAAGAUAAUAAUUAUGCUAACUAUAGCAAGGUCGCAAGAGAAGGGAUUCUUGUAGGUUUGCGUCGAUAUCGGUUCUUCGUGUUCAAAGAUGGUGGCAAUAAAGAAAAGAAGAAAAACCCAACUUCAUCACCUGUGAAGUGUUACUUUAUUCGUGUGGGAUCUAGUGCCGCGAUUGACAUGAGUGGAGAUUAUAAGUUCUCUAACAAAAAAAUUCACGAAAUAAGAUGCAUUUUUAUGCACGCACAUACUGUGUCUAGUGUGUCCAACUACAUGGCUAGGUUUUCACUCAUUUUGUCGAAGACAGAGAGCUUAGUAGUAGAUUGGUCACUUGUACAGGUUCAGGACAUUGAUGAUGAGUAUUGUCUAGAUGAAUCUGGCAAUCGUAUCUAUAGAGAUGGAAAGCCUCUUAUACAUACAGAUGGAACUGGAUUCAUAUCUGAGGAUCUGGCUUUACUCUGUCCGAAGGAUUUACUUAAGGGAGAUUAUAUUAGUAAGGAAUACAUCGAGCCUCUGCUUUUGCAGUUUCGACUUUUUCACAGAGGCCGUGCUGUGAAGGGAACCUUUCUGGUCAAUAAAAUGCUGCCACCAAAAACAAUCCAGAUUCGACCAUCAAUGCUUAAGGUUGAGACAGAUCCAAAGAUUUCAGAUGAUCAAACAGUGAAUUCAUUGGAGAUAGUUAAAGUAAGCAAAUCACAUAGGACUACAUAUUUUUCGAGGCAUUUAAUUGCACUUCUAUGUUAUGGAGGGGUGCCGAAAGAGUACUUCAUGGAGUUACUUAAGAAAGAUCUGGAAGAUAUUCAUGGUGUUUUCUGCAGUAGGCGUGCAGCAUUCAAAGUUGCCUAUAACCAUGGUGAAAUGGAUGAUGAUUUUAGUUCGGUAAAAAUGAUCCUUUCUGGUAUUCCUCUCGAAGAAUCAUAUUUGCAAUAUCGUCUGUCAAUUCUAAAGAAAGCGGAAAAGAACAGUCUUAGACGAGGAAAAAUUUGUAGUGCUCAGAGUUAUAUGUUGAUGGGGACAACCGAUCCGACAGGGAUUCUGGAAAAAGAUGAAGUUGCUGUUAUCCUUGAGAGCGGACAAAUGUCAGGAGAGGUAUUAGUGUAUCGGCAUCCAGGUUUGCACUUUGGCGACAUUCAUGUUUUGAAGGCGAGGUACGUGAAGGAGUUAGAAUAUGUUGUCGGAAAUGCCAAAUAUGCUAUAUUCUUCUCUCGCAAAGGUCCACGUUCUGUAGCUGAUGAAAUGGGUGGUGGCGAUUUUGACGGUGAUCUCUAUUGGGUCUCAAGAAACCUUCAGCUUUUGGAACAUUUCAAACCGAGUGAACCUUGGAUCGAAGCUUCAUCAUCAACUCCAAAAGUUGCGAGUACCAGACCCAGUGAGCUUUUGCCUGAUCAUAUAGAGGAUGCGCUCAUUAAGCUAUUCUUGAAAACUAGGUUUGAACCCAGUUUUGCAAUGGCUGAGGCAUCUGAUAGCUGGUUGGCUAUGAUGGAUCGGUUUUUAAUCCUAGGAGAUAGUAGUAAUAGUGAGAAAGCUCGUGUGAAGGCAAACAUGCUGCGGUUGGUUGAUUUAUACUACGAAGCUCUAGAUGCACCUAAAAAAGGUGGAAAGGUCGAAGUUCCAGAAGAAUUGAAGGUGAAACAGUUCCCUCAUUACAUGGAAAAGCUGAACUCAUACAAAUCAACUUCCAUUCUGGGAUCAAUUUAUGACACAGUGAAUGACUAUCAAGCAGAAGAGGCUUCUAUCGAAGAAGUCAAGAAGCUUCCCAUUUUCGAUGUUGAAGUCCCUGAGAAGUGUUUGAAGAAAUGGAGGGAACACCACCAGCAUUACGGGAGAGAAAUGAGCUCUGCCUUGCAAGACGAUGAUCGAGACAGCAAGAAUAGCGCUGCCGAUAAGGUCUACAGAAAGUAUAAAGAGAUUCUGUAUGGUGGUGCUGAGGACCUUGAGAAGAGUACACGGCCGUUGGACGAAAUAUUCGACGACGCACUCGCAAUAUAUCAUGUGAUGUAUGACCAUGCUAUAAGUCAAGGAUCUGUUAGUAAAUGCUGCUUUGCAUGGAAAGUUGCAGGUUCAGCUCUCUGCAAGUAUUACAUGAAUAAACAAGGGGACCGAACUAUUCAAGUCUCAUUCUCUGUUUUGAAGGACAUAGUGUAAUUAUUGUCAAGAAAUGUUGUAUGUAUUAUAUUCUAACAUUAACGUGUGUUUGUAUGCAUAUAUAAAUAUAUAAAAAUCAUUUUCCAAA